UCGAUUGACAACUCAUGGCUAUGGACGAAAGAGCUCGAGCUUCGGCGUACGAGGAAGAGCUUACCAAUUAGCCUUGCUAUAACUUACUGUACAUUUUCCCGACAGCGGUACAUUAAAUUCCUUUCGCUCUUCCUUACACCUCUACUUGCUUGAGUCCUCGAAGCCCCCAACAACGAUGCGGAACACGAUAAAUGCAAAGCGACCCUGCAGUGUCAAUUUACCAACCCAUUACCACUGCAUUAGCACCAGCAUUGAUACUAAGACCAAGAGUGUCCAAGCAAUCUCAUUCGUGGGAUCUCGUCCGUCUCCAAAUCAGCCACAGCAGUUACUUCGUGCCAAUCCAACACCGGCUAUUGGUUCGAAAGUCCCCCGUGCAUAUGGCACGUCAGUUUGAUCAACUAAAAAAGACUCUUGCCCAGGAGACCUUUUUAUCGCUACAAGCUUCAGUCUCUGGGUGGCACGGAAAAGGAAUUUCUCUUGUCGGUAAUCUGGAACUCAAUUCCGAGGUAUCGGUCAACUACACUCCAAGUCCCCUACGUGGCGUCUUCGAGUAUCUUGUCUUUAGCAUGGCUUCCCGCCACAUGCUACGUUCUACAUGCUACGUACUCGCCAAUCCUGCCCCAACGGGCUGCCACCAGCUUCUAGACUCGAUCAGCAGCGAUGUUGCUUACUCGAUUUCCAUGCAACAAGCAAUUGAGAACACAUCAAUCAAGGAUAGAAAUUCGAGAAACUAGGAUACAGCGCGAAAGAGAGAAUCAUAGAUCUUUCGCUAAACCGGGAUCUACUGCCUGUGCCGCCUCGUCUGGACCGACUCGGAGAUAUUCGCAGCUUCCUUGUCGCGUGGCUAGAGCUCGAAAAUUUCUCUCCCCCUCCUUCACAACAUCGCAUGUACUAUCGAUUUAUCUUGCAGAGGUCGGGAUCAAUGCCCGGGUAGUGGAAGUGGGCU